AUGAGUUCGAUUGGAAGGGGUGCUGGUUGUGCAAAUGGAGUUGAUGCUGCUGUUGUAGCUUUGGCCAAGGUGUUGCUAAUUAAUUGUGAAGGCAGUGAUGGGGAUGCAGGUAUUUCAUCGUCAGAUGUUAACAAUUUGAUCAUGCAUUCUUGCCGUGACAUCAAUGCCGAGCAUGUUGCCCCCAAUUACCCACUGCCGUGCAACUUGGGUGUGCCUCCCAAUGUUGAACCAUGUAGAGCUUCCGUUGAUGCUCAUGAGAGGAAGAAGCGGUUGAGGCUCCCCAAAGGUGUAGUUGAUUCCUCAAAUGUCACCAGCAAUUCUCAUGUUCCAGAUGCAUGUGCUGGAGUCCGUGCGCAAGUUGUCACAUCACUGGAUGUCUCUGCUAGUCUGAAUGUAACUGCAAACAUGGGUCCGGUGAGUGAAGGUGGCCCUGCAGUAUCUUCUAGCCAAGGGAAGCGCAGGGUAGUUGUUGCAAAGAUUAAGAAUGGACUUCGUGGCACCCAUCCUACCAGUGGUGUAGCCAGUAAAAUUGUUGAUCCAUCUCCGCGUCGAAGUCCACGCAUUGCCAGUGGUCCAGUGGUUGAUCGUGUCUAUCCGAGUGUUAAGCUUGAUGGAAAGCAUGUUUCUUUCGAGGGUUCAGAGGAUGGAGGUGGUUGUAGAGGACCUUCUGUUGAUGGCACUGGGCUCGACGGGAAUAAUGUUGUUCCUAGGAAGCGUCGGCCCAAGGUUGUUGGGAGUGGACCAAAGAAGAAGGUGGCAAAGUCCACGACGUCAAAUGCUGGUGCUUGUGAUAGGAUCAAUGUAACUGUUCGCUAUUCUUUGGGAGAGGUUUCUGAGGUAGUUGCUCUGCUUGAGACACGACAUAAAGAUAUUGUUUGUAAGGCUGGUUUUGGUUGUGUAUUUGACUGGGUUCUAAAGGGCAAUGUGUCGCGCCUUCUGAUGUGUCACUUGAUGAAGAAUAUUGACAUGGCCACGAUGCGCAUUGACUGUGGCCCUAAUAAAGUUCUUGUAGUCAGCAGAGAAAUCGUGCAUCAGUGUUUUUGGUUCCCGAUGGGUGAUGACACAGCUCCCAGGCCAGCUGAUAGUGGCCACGACGAGUUAAUGGGUAGAUUUAAGGCGGAGUUGGGUUUCAGUAAAGCUUCUGUGGUCGACAUGAAAGACCUAAGGACUGUGUUGAAGCAGCUUGUAGUCGAUGAGUCAAAGGACGUGCUUGCUGUAAAGAAUGAAGAUGUAGCCUUUAAAGUACAAAAAUCUAGUAACGCCAUGGAAGAUGAUGGUGUAUUUGAGAAGAUUGAUGAGUUUUUACAGAAGGUGAAUGAGUUGGCUGCUGAAGUUCCCACGACGUCUGAUCGUCUGAGCUGCAUUGCUGGCAUUUUUCCUGAAGACCAUGGACCAAGAGAAGAAUCAAUGAUGGAGGCUACAGAGCGUGAUGUUGCUAUCAUUGGUAGUCUUCGGAGUGCGACAUCACACAUUCGCACUGCUUUUAACCAUUUGAAGAAGAAACAAGAUGUGAUAUGCAAAGGCUUUGAAAAUGAUGCUCGUAUUAUUGUGAGUCAGAUUAGCAAGCAGAAGAAUGACGCGUCUGCCCCCGUGCGUGAUGAUGAUUAUACUGGUCAACGGGGUGAGGAGAUUAGCAAGCAGAAGAAUGACGCGUCUGCCCCCGUGCGUGAUGAUGAUUAUACUGGUCAACGGGGUGAGGAGGUUGUUGUUGAUGCGUCAGAUAACGAUGAAGAUGAUAAGCAAGAGCCCUCUGCUGAAUCUCCUCUGCAUGACUUUAGUGAUGACUACGUCAUUGAUGAUGAUUGUUUUGGUGGUGAUCCUGAUGGGGGUUGCAAUGGUGUUGAUGACAAUGUUGAUUAUACCGAGGGAGUUUUUGCACCAGACCAGCCUGUAGCCGAAGGUGAUUGCCACAAAUCUAAUGAGCUAGAGCUUGGGCAGCAAUUCCAUGCUUGUAGUGUUGACAUUUCUGAAGGGAAGCAAGUUGGGUUUGAUUGUCAAGGUGGCGCGUCAGUUUGCUUGAUGCUAGACAGGUGCCUAAAGGUGCUUGUGCGGGUGUAUUUGUCAUGGAUCCUUGGUGAUGAUGUCAAUCAUGCAGCAAGUUUUGAAGGAAAACAAGUGCCGAAGGAUACAAAUAUGCCUGAAAGCAUUGGAGCCGGAGGUGAUGUAUUUUCUAUUCCGGUGUGCGAAGUCCCUGUUGUUGACGGAGCACGUGCAUCGAACAAGGACGCGAAGCCAGCUGUUGUUUCUGAACUUCUGAAUGAUGCUGCAGUUGUGGACUCCCACCAAGGUGGUGAUGCUCAUGCUAGUGUUGCAGGCCCCGAGGACGCAAGUGGUUUGAAUGCGUCUCAUGUGAUAGAUAAAUCAAUUUUUGAUGGUGGUGCAUCUGCUCCUGCAACACUUUCUGGGAAUCAUGUACAAGUACCCGAGGGGUUAGCCGCGAAGUUGAAAGAUAUAAUUUCAAAAUCUGCGUUGCGCGGUAAUUAUAGUAAUGAGCCCCAGCCUGAAGUUGAACCCAACGUUGAUGAAGUUAGUGUUGAUGGCGCUUCCGAGGAGACAGAUAGUGAUGACUUGGGAUUGUCAGUAAAUGAAAUAGAUUCAUCUCAAACAGUCUCCAGUUUUACGCAAACCCCUGCUACACCGGAAGCGGUGCAACGCAUGAAGGACUUAUACUUUGUUGUUAUGAGGUUAAGGAAGGACAAGAAUAAAAAGGAUGAGGUGUUGUUUGAGAAUGCGUUUUGCAAAGCAACUGUCAAGCAGGUUGCUGAGUCUUUCAGAGUUGGUGGCAUGCUGAACACUACAGUUGCUGCUCAAUCUAUCUGGAAGGGGUCCUUUGAUAAUAGGCACUUGAUCAGAUUUUUCUCUGCCUAUGCCGAUGAGCCGCUGGAUAAGAAAGACAUUGUACUCCUUGGUGUCUUUGACCCUCCAGCUACCAGGGAAGAUCUAGGGCUAGAUGAGCCUAAAUUUAGUUUAUUCGAGAGCCAAUAUGAGACGCCAGAAAUUCAGGUAAUAUCGGAUGAUGAAAUAUUGAAGUCAGUCCAAGCUGUUGAAGUAAAGAAGGGCGGUGUGGAGUCAAAAUCAAAGGGGGUGGCUUGUGCUGUCCCGAAGGCUGUGGAUCGUGGUGUGGAGAGUGAUGAUGAUUCUUUUAUGCCGCCGGCACCUAAAAAGUGUUUGCGGCCCAUAGCUGCUAGUCCUAUCAAAGUGGUAGUGAAAUCGCCUCUUGUUCUGAGUGAUGAUGAUGAUUUUGUUUUGCGUGGUGAGAGAACAAUGUUCACCAGGAGCAAAUCAAUGGAGGAGCCAUUGUAUCUUCUGGAGAUUGAUCCGUACCAUCGGCCAGUUGAUGAAGAUGGGCAGGAGCUCCCGAGGCCGCCGUUCAAUGUUAAACUUGCUGCUCAAAAGUUCAAGUUAUACAUUAAAGAGAACCUGCUUGCUGCAAACCUGAUCAUGCUCCCAUAUUGGAAUCGGAAUCAUUUCACACUGUAUACUAUGAACAAGCAUCGUGAGUCCCUGGAUAUCCAUGACUCAUGGAGAUACACUGGGCGUAACCUUUCAAGGAACAGAUUCCAUGGAGAACGUGUUGAAAUCAUGUCCAGGAUGUCUUUGUUGAUGAAGGAGGUGUAUGGCGAAGCUACAUACAACUCUUCAAGGCAGCCCCAUUGGGAACAUCUAGUAGAUAGAUGUAGCUAUGCAAAAAUGCCAGAGCAAGGGGUUAACGAAUGCGGCUUUUACAUGUUAAAAGCUGCUUAUCUGUAUGAUGGCACCAAGAUAGUAGAGGAAGUGAAGAAGCGUGAUCCACAUUCUGCCUACUGGAAGGCCGAGUGCCUUUUUAUGUUCUUUUUCACCCUAGUAAUGAGGUUCGGCGCGACCAGUGGUUGCGGGAGAUGGCUGACAUUGCUAAGUUGUUAG